UGCCGGCGACAAAUGCAGCCUGCUCGCUCCUGGGUGAACCACCAGGUAGCUGCAGUGUGAUUGACAGCGCCUGGUGACGUCGUGCCGUGGCGCUGUUUCGGGCCGGCUUCAUUUUUCUCCCCUGCAGAGAAAGGGGACUGAGACCGGGCAGAUCCCCGCUCGGAAACAAACCCAGUCUCGGUCUCUAGCUCGGCAGCGAGCCGCCUCCUGCCCUGGCAAAUGCCAAAUCCACAGCAGAUCCAGCGCCGCCACAGCGACGGCGUUGUUUUAAUGGUAAGUUUCAUUUCCUGUUACACGCUGGAGAAUGAAUUACCAACAUCUCGCCGUGUUCUUUCUUCAAAGACAUGUUCCCGGAGCCUUUUCAGUUGACAAGGAGCGACGCUGUGUGUUGGUUGCAGAAUAUGCUGUGUAAUGCAAUUUUGCUAAAAAAAUACAGAUGCAUUAGAAGCAGGAAAGGAAACGACAGGAUCGCUCCUGCUUAAUGGGAGGGAUGGAGUGGAACGUGUCUUUGCUCCACACUUAAGUCUUUGUCUUCGCUUAAUUACUGAACAUGUUCCGGUUGGUACCUGUGUCUGUACGGAAUUGCUCGGCUUUUGAGUGUAUCACGCAAACUGGAAGAUAGAUCGAUGCAGGUGCCGUAAGUUCCGCAGUCUUUGUGUAUGCGUUUGUAUGUGGGUCUUUUGCCUGGGCAGUUAGUACAUUUCGUCAACAAAUCGGCUGCAUUUGCUGGCAAGUUUCGCAGGUACGGUUAUAGCUGAGGGGACAUGGUUACUGCCAUUUCAUAAUUGGUCAUCUACUCUGGUGCUGAUCUCAAACUGCUGUUAACCUGCAACACCUAGCCAUCUCCGUGUAACGUACAGGAUGGUACGUUAUGAACUAACUUUGUAUGUGUGAACAAAUAGAUCUAGAACAAUGGAGCAUGACAACACAAUAUAUUCUUCUGUACGGGAAGAUUGCCUGUUUUUUAAGGGGGAGGAGACUGAAGGUUGGAGACAGUGGAGCUGGAAGCAGGUGCUUAAUGAAGGAAUUUACUGAAGGACAUUAGGACAUAACUGAGGUGGAGAGAGCUUGCCCUGAAAGGAGGAGUCUUGGUGUGGAACAAGGCCAAACUGUUUACGUAAUAUUGGCAGAAUUGAAUGGCAAUAAAAAUCUCAAUGAGCUGUGAAGAACAGCAGGAGAACUACUGUUGAACAAGACAAUUGCAUUUCUGCCUGUGUUGCUGCAAAGCUUCAUGGAAAUCCAAGCAGACACAGAAUAUCUGUGAAAUGUGUCUAUAAGGCAUGCCACCUGAAGAAUAGACCUCUUCAGCAAAACACUGGGAGCUCUAUCUUUUCAUAUUAUCAAGCUUUGAAAAAAAAAAGAUUUGAGUACUCCUCAAGGCCCCUGGAUGAGUAAAAGAAACACAGCAGCCAGUGCCCUGAGAAUUUAAUUGAUUAGGGCAAUGGCAGAAAAGUUUGACUGCAUCACCCAUGUCCAUGGGUUUGAUCUAGGUGCCCGUUAUAUUGAGUUGAAACCUUUGGGAUAUGGCGCCAACGGAUUGGUUUUUGCAGCAAUAGACAGCCAAAGCUACCGUAAGGUUGCAGUGAAGAAGAUCAUUAUUAGUGACUCGCGAAGUAUCAAGCACGCCCUACGGGAGAUCAAAAUUGUCCGUCGAUUGGAUCAUGACAACAUCGUGAAGGUUUUUGAGGUCCUCGGCCCCAAAGGAAGUGAUAUACCUCGCGAUAUCUGGAGGUUGAGUGUGGUGUACAUAGUCCAAGAACACAUGGACACAGACCUUGCUCGCCUUUUGGAGCAGGGUCCCCUCUCAGAGGAACACGCUAAGCUUUUUAUGUACCAGCUACUUCGCGGACUCAAAUAUAUUCACUCAGCUAACAUACUGCACAGAGAUCUAAAGCCAGCCAAUAUCUUUAUCAACACCGAAGAUCUUGUGUUGAAAAUUGGUGACUUUGGAUUGGCAAGAAUUGUGGACCCACAUUAUUCACACAAAGGUCAUCUUUCUGAAGGUUUAGUAACCAAAUGGUAUCGAUCUCCUCGCCUCCUUCUGUCUCCGAACAACUACACCAAAGCUAUUGACAUGUGGGCUGCAGGCUGUAUAUUUACAGAAAUGCUGACUGGAAAGAUGUUGUUUGCUGGUGCUCAUGAGCUGGAACAAAUGCAGCUGAUUCUGAAAACAAUUCCUGUUCUCCGAGAGGAGGACAAGCAGGAGCUGCUCCGGGUUAUGCCAGCAUACAUCAACCCAAAAUGGGAGGUAACUAAACCACUGAGCACACUACUUCCUGAAGGAAAUGCAGAAGCCAUUGAUUUCCUGGAAAAGAUCUUAACAUUUAACUCUAUGGAUCGAUUAACCGCUGAGGAAGGCCUCGCACAUCUCUUUAUGAGCCCUUAUUCCUGCCCUCAAGAUGAACCAAUUUCCCAGCAUCCUUUCAGGAUUGAAGAUGAGAUAGAUGACAUACUGUUGAUGGAAGCAAGUCAGAACCAGAUGUCAAACUGGGAGAGAUAUCAUGACAGCUUCUCUUCUGACUUUGAGCUGCUCCGAGAUAAAUACAGUGACAUGGAUGAAGCCCAGCGCGAUCCUCGUGCUACAUCAAAAGCCAUUGCAGAGGAUGUGCAAGUUGACCCUCGGAAAUAUUCGCAGAGCAGCUCUGAGCGACUCCUGGAGCAGUCCCACUCCUCCAUGGAUCGGAUGUGUGAUGUUGACUAUGGACGAUCUUGCGACUAUAAAAUUGGAUCACCCUCCUAUCUGGAUAGACUACUGUGGAGGGACAACAAACCACAUCAUUACUCUGAGCCUAAGCUCAUUCUGGAUUUAUCUCAUAGGAAAAGAACUGCGACUGCCUCGUGUGUGGCCGUCUCACUGGACGAAGGGAAAUCUGACCUCCUUUUGAAGGUCUCAGACUGUAAGAAUGGGAGCCCUUUCAAAAUUGAUUGCUCCAGCUCACUGCCAAACAUUCAGGAAAGGAGUCAGCCAUCAUCCCCUCGCACCUUGGCAUCUUCAGAAAUAUCAAAUGGAGGGAGCUCCCAGUUUGACUUUGAUGUCUUCAUAUCUAGAGCCUUAAAGCUUUGUGGAAAACAAGAGGAAAUAGCUGAUAGUAAAUUGAAUGAUUUGAAUGGCACCUGCAUGCCAGAACACACCAAUGAAAUUGUUCAGGCAGAAGUCAAUGAAAAGGAGAGGUGGUAGAAAAUAGGCAUUUGUUAUAAACAGCUGAGUAGGAGCUUUAUUUUGUAAAGAUGGUGUUUCAGCAAUGUAACACAUUUAGGGUUUGCUCAACUGAAAAGUUAAGCCUCAGGGGAGGUUUACAGCCUAGAAUUAGUGCUUCAUCAGUUUGGACGGUGGCUACAGAAAACACUGAUGGCCUGGUAACCUUUUGAAGAUUAUAAUUGUAUUUCAAUCACCAAUUGAAAGCUUACUUUUUUUUAUAUUCUCAGACAAUUGACCUGCCACGACAUGUAACAAGUUUUAACUGACUUGCCUCAAAGAUCAAUGACUCCGGAAGUGACGCAGACUUGGAUUUUAUUGUUUUCACUGAUCCUAACCAAAAAGUUAUCAGGGAUCUCUCCCACCAAAAGCUCACAGCAAUUUAAUGCUGGAAAACAGCAUUAAUUGAUGGAUAGAAAAUUUGCUCACAUCUAAUUCGGAAGUCCUGCUUAAAUGAUGAAAACUAAUCUGAUUGGCCAGCAGGUCUGUAGUCUUGCAGCAAACCCUGAACAAAAUGAAGUUAUGGAGCAGGAUUUCAAAGUGAGUUUGUGGGGUAUCAGCAAGACCUGGGUAGCAGACCUAUGGAGAACUAGGGCGGGGGUGCGCAUGGUGGGAUGGUUAUGGAUUGGAGAGGAGUGUUGAAUGGAUAUCGGAGAUGCUUCAAGUAGGCAUAACAGAAUUUCACAGGAGGCCCUCUGCUGUCAGGCCAGACCCCUGCAGUACAGUAAAAGUUUCUGGGUUGCUGUAGGCUCCUCCUGUUUGGGAAUUUUAGCAUUGGGGUGAAUGGUUACUUGAGGAUCUCAGCAGGAGUGAACAGCCUGCCUGAUGCAUCCCUUGACCAUUGAAGUAUUGGAUUCAAACAAAAUCAGCCCACAGAACAGUUGGCCUCUCAUGUUUACUCUUGUAAACUGAAGUUAAAUCUCCCUCCCACCUGCCCCCAUCAACCACUUCCAGGACAGGUACAACAUGACUUAAAAAUAGAGUAAAUAUCCCCCUAUUCUUCAAAACUAAAAGUAAAGCUCCAUCAACACUGUCCCUAUCAAAAACACUCAGGACAGGUAAACAACAGGUAAGAUGUAAAGUAAAUCUCCCUCCAUGCUGUCCCCAUUGGAUACUCCCAGGAUAGUAUCUCACUGGUUAAAAAGAGUAAAUCUCCGUUUAUUCUUUCAAACUGAAAUUAAAACUCUCUAGCGCUUCCCCUGUCAAACACUACCAUGACAGGGACAUUACGGAGUUAGAUACAGAGUAAAGCUCUUUCUACUUUUUAAACAGAAAGUAAAUGUCCCUCAACACUGUCUCUAUCAAGUAUUCUCGGGACGUGUACAACAUGGGUUGAUGGCCCUCUGCAGGACCAACUCGCCUCUUGUCGCUCUACUGUCUUUUCCCUUUAGUUCUGCAAAUUAUCCUUUUCAGAUAACCAAUCCUUCUUGAAUGCCUGAAUUGAACCUUACUCCACCACACUCUCUGAUGUAUUUCAGAUUUUAAACUCUCGCUGUCUGAACAUUUCUCCUCUUGUCUCCAUGUUUUUUUUACCAAUUACCUUCAAGCUGUGACUUCUGGUUUUCAACUCCUCUUCUAAUGUUUCCCUUCAUCAGCGGUGUUUCACAGAGAUGGGUACUGGGUCCACUUUCAUUCGUCAUUUAUAUAAAUGUUUUCAAUGAGAAUAUAGGAGGCGUGGUUAUUAAGUUUGCAGAUGACUCCAAAAUUGGUGGUAUAGUGGACAGUGAAGAAGGUUAUCUAAGAUUACACAGAGAUCUUAAUCAUUUGGGUCAAUGGGCUGAAGUUUGGUAGAUAGAGUUUAAUUUGGAUAAAUGUGCAUUUUGGCAAUACAAACAAAGGCAGGACUUAUACAAUAGGAUGGAUAUUAAUAAAUGGGAGAAGGUUCAGACAAGUAUUACCGAGAUGUUGUUGAGAAUGGAGAAUUUGAGAUAUAAAAAUGGAUUGGAAAGAUUGGGACUUUUUUUUUCAUUGGAGUGGAGGCGGCUGAAGGCUGACUUUAUUGAGGUUUAUAAAAUCAUGAGGGCCAUAGAUAAGGCGAAUGACAAGAGUCUUUCGCUUCAGGUGGGUAAGUUCAAAACUAGUGGGCAUAUAAAACUAGUAGGCUGAGAAAGUUUUAAAAGGACAUGAAGGGCAGGUUUUAUUUACACAGAGUGGUUCAUGUGUGGAAUGAGCUGGCAGAGAACGUGUGGAAGCAGGUAGAGUUACAGUGUUUAAAAGACUUUCGCAUGCAUCCAUGAAUAGGAAAUCAUUGGAGGGAUAUGGGCUAAAUGCAGGCAGGUGGGCCUGGUUUAGCUUGGAAAAUGGUUAGAUUGGACUAGUUGAACUGAAUGGUCUGUUUAAAUGCUGUAUGACUCUGUCCCCAGAGCCUUCGUGAUUUUGAAUAACAAUUAAAUCACCUGUCAAUUUCCUCUUCAAGGAAAACCAUCCCAACUUUUCCAAACAUUCUAUGUAACUGAAGUUCUUCAUCCCUGAAACAAUUCUUGUCGAUAUUUUCUGCACUGUCUGAAAUCUUCACUUUCUUCUUAAAGUGCGGGGCUCAGAACUGAACAAACAGUCCAGUUGAGGCUGAACCAGUGCUUCAUACAGGUUUAAUAUAACUUCCUUGUUUUUGGUACUUUAUGCCCCUAUCGCUGAAGCCCAGGAUGAUCUAUACUUCAUUAACCAGGUUCUAGCCCUGUCCUGCCACCUUCACUGACUAAUGGGAACUUUUCUUGGACAGAAUCCCUUUUAGAAUUGUACCAUUCAUUUUAUGUUGGGGUGAAUUUUACAAGUGGAUGUAUUGCUGAUCCCUAGAUAGAAGGUUGAUUGGCAGUUCACAAAUUUAUGAAAGAUUGCCAUACAAUAAUAUGUCAGGGGCAGUCUUACAAAAGUGCCCUUCAAAGACAGGGAGUUCCACCCUUUGAAAGCUGACUAGUCCCAGCAGCAGCAGGAUGCAGUUGUAGUUAUUGAUGGGACUACAGGGACAUUGUGAAAAGAAAAUCCUGGAUACAGACUGAAAGACAAGUCUGGAGUUUCUGGUUCAGGACAGAAGAGGGUGAUUUUUGUCUGCAAAAGUCAGCCUUCAGUUGCCCGCCACUUCAACACAUGACUGUGUUCCCUGGUCAACAUCUGUCAGCUGCUUGCUGCUGGAGCACUGCAUACCUCAGCACAAGCUGGAAGAGCAGCAUCUCAUUUUUUGUCUAUAAACUCUGCAGCCUUUGGGACUCCAAGUCAAGUUCAACAAUUUUAGGGCUUGGGUACGUUCUCCCAUUGUUCUUAUCCUAACUUCCAACACACAGCCCUUGUCGUGCUACCACAUGGGGGUGGCACAGCGGCUCAGUGCUUAGCACUCCAGCCUCACAGCGCCAGGGACCCAGGUUCAAUUCCAGCCUCGGGCAACUGUCUGUAUGGAAUUUGGACAUUCUCCCCGUGUCUGCGUGGGUUUUCUCCGGGUGCUCCGGUUUCCUCCCAUAGUCCAACGAUGUACCGACUAGGUGGAUUGGCCAUGCUAAAUUGUCCAUAGAGUUCAGGGGUGUGUGGGUUAUAGGGGAAUGGGUCUGGGUGGGAUGUUUCAAGGGGCAGUGUGGACUUGUUGAGCCAAAGGGCCUGUUUCCACACUAUAGGGAAUCUAAACUACCUAAACACACACAGUCCUCAUUAGCAGCUAUUAAUUCUCACAGGCUGACCUCUGUCCAACUGUUUUUCUUUCACUUUGGGCUCUAUCUCGACCAAUUUGUUUACUCCUCCCCCUCCCCCCACCCUAUCUUCUGCAUAUUUAACAACUUUUCCCUAGGUACCAUCAGUUCUGAAGAGAAGUCACUGGACCUGAUUUCUAACUGAUUUCUGUCCACAGAUCUUAUCCAGACCUGCUAAGUUUAUCCAGCUGUUUCUGUUUUUGUUUGUGGCUAUGCAUGGUUUAGGAGUGGGAUGGGAAGAAGGCAGAAGAGGUGAGUUCCAUAUGGGGAGCAGGGGAAACAGAAACAUAGAAGAUAGGAGCAGGAGAAGGCCAUGUGGCCCUUUGAGCCUGCUCCACCAUUCUUCAUGAUUAUGAUUCAUCGUCCAACUCCAAUAGCCUAAUCCUGCUUUCUCCCCAUAACCUUUGAUCCCGUUCACCCAAGUGCUAUGUGUAGUCACCUCUUGAAUACAUUCAGUGUUUUGAUAUCAGCUGCUUCCUGUGGUAAUGAAUUCCACAGGCUCACCACUCUUUGGAUGAAGAAAUGUCUCCUCAUCUCCAUUCUAAAUAGCCUACCCCGAAAUCCUCAAACUGUGACCCCAGUUCUGGGCACACCCACCAUCAGAAAUAUCUUCCCUGCAUCUACCAUGUCCAGUCCUGUUAGAAUUUUAUAAGUCUCAAUGAGAUUCCCCCUCCCCCCCGCCGCCUCAUAUGUCUGAGCUCUAGUAACAUUCCCACCCAAGUCAAUCUCUCCUCAUAUGUCAGACGUGCCAUCCCCAGAAUCAGCCUGGUAAGCCUUUGCUGCAUGCUCUUGAGAGCAACAGUAUCCUUCCUUAGAAAAGGAGACCAAAACUGCACACAGUACUCCAGGUGUGGUCUCACCAAGGCUCUGUGCAAGUGCAACAACACAUCCCUGCUCCUGUAUUCCCAAAAGUUUGCCAAAGAGGACCACCUCCAUUUCCUUCCCCACUUUUGCCCUGGGGAGGAAAGAUUGGCUACUUUUCUUCCAUUAUCAACCACCCAGUGGUAUGGUGAUAGAGGCAGAAUGAGGCCUUUAUGUGGUCUUUAAUUUUAACAUCAAAGAUCAGGUUGGGUCGCUGAUAUCUUAUCUGCCAGCUGUAAUACAGGGGACAAGCUGUGGGGUGAGUGGGAAGGUGGUGUGCCAACCACCCAUUUUAUUUUACCUGUUUGUCCACCCUUUUUCACUCCCUCCACCACCAAUGUUCAGCAACAGCAGCAUGUACUAUCCACAAGAUGCAAUACAGAAAUUUACUAAACAUUCUCAGACAGCACCUUCCAAACCCACAACUACUUUCAUCUGGAAGAACAAGGGCAGCCAAUACAUCGGCAAACCACAACCUGCAAUUUCAUCUCCAAGCCACUUACCAUCCUGACUUGGAAACAUCACUGCAUCUUCACUGUUUCUGGGUCAAAAUCCUGGAAUUUGCUUCUAAAUGGCAUUAUGAUUCAACCCAUUGCAGGUAGACAGCAGUAGUUCAAGAAGGCAACUGACCUUGUAAUGUGGGUCAUUUAUAGACAAAACCUUCAAUCCUCUUUUACAAUGUACAAGAGAAAUUACUCAUUUUGCAGGAAAAUUGAGACUGGAUUUGGUUUUUAAAUUGCCCCAAACUUCUUUUCUCCAAAACAGUUAAUUUACUUUGGUUAGAGACAAAAAAACUGCAGAUGCUGGAAUCCAAGGUAGAUAAACAUGA